AUGGUCGAAUCAAAUUCCCAAAAUCCACUCGCUCUCAAGCCGACGAUCAAAUUCGUGUGCAGCUACGGCGGCCGCAUCCUCCCCCGCUACCCCGACGGCAAGCUCCGUUACCACGGCGGCGAAACCCGCCUCCUCUCCGUCGAUCGCUCCGUUUCAUUUUCCGAGCUGGCUGUGAAGCUGGGAGAGAUGUGCGGCACCGCCGUGAAUCUGAGGUGCCAGCUGCCGACGGAGGAUCUGGACGCGCUCGUAUCGAUCACCUCCGAUGAGGAUCUGGCGAAUCUGAUCGAGGAGUACGACCGCGCCGUGGUGGCGGCGCCGCCGUCUCUGAAGAUCAGAGCCUUCCUAUCCGCCCCAAAAUCACCCGUAAAAUCGCCGUCUCCACCGUCCUCAGCCUCAUCCAGCAGCAACGGGUCCACGUCGCCGAAAUCGCCGGCGUUGGCCAGCGGCCGGUGCGUCCGCCACGCGCCAAGGCCGCCGGUGCACCCUAACUCCGCCGGUAGACCCGCUGGAAAAGUUCCCGUUAAGUACGCGUACCAUUAUCAGUACGGCGGUGGCAACGGCAGCCAUCCUGUUUAUGUGAUCCACAACGGCAGCCACUGGCAAUAG